UCUAAUGAAAACACGCUGAAGUAUGGAUUAGUAGCAGGAAUGAACAGCACAGCCUGAGAGUGGAUUCAUUGUAGUGUCUGAAAAAACAAAAGUGCUGGGUGUUUCUGCUCUCCGUCAUUGCGGUCUGUUUCCCGUCACGCACUUCAGCGGAGCUCCGAGCGCAGGAUGGCGGAGACUCACGGCGGGAUCUGCGGGCAGGAGUCCCGGCGAGCGGCUCCGGUUCAGACCUUCAACCACCGCUCCUCCAAAUGGGUCCGUCUGAACGUCGGGGGAACGUAUUUUCUGACCACCAGACAGACGCUCUGCCGGGACCCAAAAUCAUUCCUGUUCCGACUGUGCCAAACGGACCCGGACCUCGAUUCUGACAAGGAUGAGUCCGGGGCGUAUCUGAUCGACAGAGACCCUGUGUAUUUCGGCUCUGUGCUGAAUUACCUGAGACAUGGGAAACUCGUGCUCAAUAAGAACCUGACGGAGGAGGGAGCUCUUGAAGAGGCCGAGUUCUACAACAUCACCUCACUAAUAAAACUCAUCAAGGAGAAAAUCAUCGAAAGAGACGCCAAGACCACUCAUACGCCAGUCAAGCAUGUGUACCGAGUGCUGCAGUGUCAAGAAGAAGAGCUGACGCAGAUGGUCUCCACCAUGUCGGACGGGUGGAAGUUCGAGCAGCUUGUCAGUGUAGGUUAUGGGCGGGCCCAGAAGUCAGAGUUUUUCCUGAUUGUGUCUCGGGAGGUGAAGGGGGAGGAGUCAAGCCAAACUCACCCCGCCCACAGUGGAGAGCUGGUCAGCAUCGGGUCGUCCUAUAACUAUGGUAAUGAGGAUCAGGCCGAGUUCCUGUGUGUCGUUUCUAAAGAGCUGCACAACCAGUCGUACAUGAGCAGCUCUCAGCCCAGUGAGAAAGCCAAGAUUCUGCAGGAGCGCGGCUCUAGAAUAUGAUCAUCCGUGUUUUUGAGGCGUAUCAGUUGUUUCUCUAUAAGCUUGUUCUCCUCAUGCCUUGAGCACCGGACACCAGAAGAGCACCAGAAGAGCAGAUUCACAGUCCCAACCGUGCCUGAAGACACACAAGCGGAUUCUCUGCUCAGGAUCGGGACUAAAGUAAACCUCAGGGAUCAUCCGGACACUGCACUGAAUCACAGCUCACUCCUUCAGCAGUCAGUAGAAAUCUGAUGUACACUCACUGGCCACUUCAUUGGGUACACAUUACUAGUAUCAGGUUGGAACCAGUCUGGCCAUUCUCCUCUGACCUCUGGCAUCAACAAGGCAUUUGCUCCCACAGAACUGCCGCUCACUGGAUAUUUUCUCUUUUUCAGACCAUUCUCUGUAAACCCUAGAGAUGGUUGUGUGUGAAAAUCCCAGUAGAUCAGCAGUUUCUGAAAUACUCAGACCAGCCCGUCUGGGACCAACAACCAUGCCACAUUCAAAGUCACUUAAAUUCCCUUUCUUCCCCAUUCUGGUGCUCGGUUUGAAAUACAGCAGAUCGUCUUGACCAUGUCUACAUGCCUAAAUGCAUUGAGUCGCUGCCAUGUGAUUGGCUGAUUCGAAAUUUGCUUUAAAGAGCAGUUGGACAGGUGUACCUAAUAAAGUGGCCAGUGAGUUUAUAUGCAAAUUGCGUAACAAUUUACAAUAAGGUUGCAUUCGGUAAAGGCAUAGUUCACCCAGAAAUUACAAUUUAUUAAUCUCCCUCAAGCGAUUACAAAACCUUUAUGAGUUUUUUUCUUCUGUUAAACACAAAAGAAGAUAUUUUGAAGAAUGCCGAAAACCGGUAACCACUCACUUUCCAUAGUAGGCAAAAUAAAUACUAUGGAAGUCAAUGGUUACUUGCGUCUGACAUUUUUGCGUUCAGCAGUAUAAAGAAACGCAUAAAGAGUGGAAACGAGUAAAGGGUGAGUAAAUUAUAGCACAAUUUUUUAUUUUUGAGUGAACUAUCCCUUUAAUGUCAAUGUAUUUACUAACAUGAACAAACAACGAAUUAUACUUUUAUUACAGUAUUUAUUUCCUCUUUUUUUGGUUAUAAAAUGUGGAUUUUAAUAAUGCAUUAGUAAGUGUUGAAUUAUGAUUAUUAAGUGCUGUACAAGUAUUGUUCAUUAUUAGUUCAUAUUAGUAAAUGCACUAGUGAAACCUUAUUAUAGUUACAUAUAUGACAUACAAGCUCAAAUUUAGAUUUUACAUAUAUCAGAUAUGUCAUAUAUGGAAUAUUAAAUAUUGCAAACAUGACUGUUUACAUAUAUACACCACCCAUGACAAAAGUCUUGUCGUCAAUCCUAGCUGUAAGAGCAGCAAAUAAUAACUUGACUUCUAGUUGAUCAUUUGGAAAAGUGGCAGAAGGUGGAUUUUCCCCAUGAAUCAUCUGUUGAGCUGCAUCCCAAUCAUCACAAAUACUGCAGAAGACCUACUGGAACCAGCAUGAACCCAAUAUUCUCACAGAAUCAGUCAAGUUUGGUGAAGGAAAAAUCAUGGUUUGGGGUUACAUUCAGUAUGAGGGCGUGUGAGAGAUCUGCAGAGUGGAUGGCAACAUCAACAGCCUGAGGUAUCAAGACAUUUGUGCUGCCCAUUACAUUACAAACACAGGAUAGCCCUCCUUCUCAUACUUCAGCCGCCACAUCAAAGCUCCUAAAAAGCAAAGAAGGUCAAGGUGCUCCAGGAUUGACCAGCCCAGUCACCAGACAUGAACAUUAUUGAGCAUGUCUGGGGUAAGACGGAGGAGGCAUUGAAGAUGAAUCCAAAGACUCUUGAUGAACUCUGGGAGUCCUGCAGGAACGCUUGCUUUGCCAUUCCAGAUGACUUUAUUAAUGAGUGAUUUGAGUCAUUGCAGAGAUGUAUGGAUGCAGUCCUCCAAGCUCAUGAUGGAGUCAGACACAAUAUUCAUUCUGUUUCCACUGCAGCAUGACUUUAUAUUCUAUACUGGACGUUAUUUCUGUUAAGUGACAAGACUUUUGUCUUUAGUAAAGUCAGACCUUACUGUCCUAAUUAAAGAAUUAAUAAUCAAGGCCUGAUCAUAUUUGAUUUUAGUUAAAUAAGCGUAAUCUAGAGGCCUUUGCCUUUCAUAUAAGCCACUUCUGAUACUAAAUGAUCUAGAAGUCAAGUUAUUAUUUGUUGUUACUAAAACUUGAAUAGGUGACAAGACUUUUGUCAGGUAGUGUAUAUAUAUUGUACAUAUAUGUUGAAAUGUACGAAAUACACAUAUAUCAUCAUAUCAUUCAACAAUAAUUCAAAACAACAACAUUCAUUUGUUCUAAAUCUCACUUCUGCCUUUCAAAUGCAGAAUAAAAGUUUCCACUUCUUUCUAAAAUGCUCGCUGACACCAAGAUUUUGAUCAAAACACAUAUUACGGUAUGGUUUUUACUCCUUUUUAAUGUGAAAAAUAUUGCUUUUGCACUAUAUUGCGCCGUAAUUAUCAUUAUCAUCAUCAUCAUCAUCAUCAUCACACAGGUGAUUUAUCAGGAAAUACACUCAUCAUUUAGAAAUGUGUAUUUUAUUAUUACUGUAUUGUUGGCUGGACUUGAAAGGGAAGCGGUUUUUUCUGUUGAGAGUAAAGACAGGAUUGAGGAAGCAUUAAAUCACCGUCAUCUCUCCGACUUUGCACAUUUUGAUAUAAACACUAUUAGGCCUACAUGUUAUAUAUAAGGUAAUGCUGUAUGCGUUUAUAUGUAUUUUUGAAAAUGGUAAAAUCUCACGUCACUCUAAUAUUCAUAUAGCUGAAUGUAGCAACACACACACACACUUUUAAGAUAUAAAUGGCUUUUUAACAAA